AAUUAUUCAGAUGUUCAACGGAGAAAGCCGGAUGGGCUACGCCGAGCCUACUAUUAUCGAAUGCAAGACUGAUCGAAAAAAUAAGUCUCGUAGUAAGUGCACAGUACACCGCUGUGUUGUUAGUGUCACAGUGACAGCACCACUUAAAUGUCUAGUCAAUAAUAACAAACAUGAGUGUGGACAGUGAAUCCUACGGUGGAAGCAAGAUUUUCGCGGGAUGGGCAGAGUAUACAGGCCUGGCAACCCAUCAGUUCAACUUCGUGCUGUGUCAGCUGGUUGCUUUGGCUCUAGCAACGUUAUUCCGGACAGUCUUUCAUCCUUCAAGAACAGUCGCGGCGAUCAGGCACUUGUAUGGGCUGGUAUGCGGCCUGCUGAUUGGGUAUUUUUGCUUCGGAUCCCAAGCAAUCCACUUGGCUGGACUGCCAACAGUUUGCUACGCGGUCAUCAGAACUCAGAGUCCUCAUGUGAUGCAAGGUAUGGUGCUGACUGUGGCUUUGGUAUACAUAUCUUGUCUGCACCUUCACAGACAGAUUUUUGACUAUGGAUCGUACGCUCUGGACAUAAGCGGACCUCUCAUGGUCAUCACACAGAAGGUGUCUUCUUUGGCGUUCAGUUUGCAUGACGGGAUGACCAAGAAGAAGGAAGAAAUGACUGUGAAUCAAAGAUACCACGCUGUGUACAAAACGCCUAGCUUCAUCGAGUAUUUCGGCUAUACUCUGUUGUUUCCAUCUCUGAUGGCGGGUCCUGUGAUAUUCUACAAUGACUACAUCGAAUUCAUAGAAGGCAGCAAUUACACGAAGGUCCAGGGCAAUUUGAAGAAUUCUUCAGUGGUUAUAAGAGAACCUAAUCCAGUUAAAAUAGUGUGCAGGAAGGUAGUUGUCGCUCUAGCUUGUGCUUUUAUUUUCGUGAAGUUUUUGCCAAGAUUUCCUAUAAGCAGAGUCCAGGACGAAAGCUUCUUGUACAGCACUAGCUUAUUAGACAAGUUCUGGUACCUGACAGUUUGUACGACCUUAGUGAGAUUUAAAUAUUAUUUUGCGUGGACUAUGGCAGACGCCAUUUGUAACAAUAGUGGGAUAGGGUUCUCUGGGUAUGCUGAGGAUGGUUCAGAAAAAUGGGACAAAAUCUCGAAUGUGGAUAUAUUGCAAUUUGAAUUUGCGACAAGUCUGAAACAAAGUAUAGAAGCUUGGAAUAAAGGAACGAAUGUGUGGUUGAGAAUGAUUGUUUAUGAAAGAACUGAAAAGCAUCGCACUUUGCUGACUUAUGGACUGUCUGCUGUUUGGCAUGGUUUCUAUCCUGGUUACUACCUGACCUUCCUCAGUGGAGCUCUUUUCACUUUUUCUUCCAGAAUUGUGAGACGACAUGUGCGGAACAUAUUCAUGGUCAGUAGAGAAGCUAAACUCUUUUAUGACAUUUUCACUUUUGCUGUCACACAUCUUGUGUUAGCUUACCUAACAUUUCCCUUCGUCCUCCUCGAAUUUUGGUCAAGUGUGAUUUUAUUCAAUCAGAUGUUCUGGUGCUUCCAUAUCGCAAGCAUUCUAAUGUUUUUGCUUAUGCCAAAAAUUAUACCUGAAUCAGACCAAAAAAAUCUUUCUUCCAAAAGUGGUAUCGUAUUCGCUCUCAAACAGGCCAGCUAAACCUUUUUCCAUUUCUAUAAUUAACUCAUAACGACUGAUUUUUUUCUAAUCUCAAACUUUUUGUUAUCAAGAUUCUUCCGAAACCAAAUAUUUAUUGAUGAAUGAUUUAUAAUUUAGUUUACAUAUUUUUAUAUUUUAUUAUUGAAUAAAGUUACCCAUAUACU